AUGGAAAAGAAGAAUGAAACCCUAUGGUCAGAGUUCAUUCUCACAGGCCUCACAUGCCAACCACAGUGGAAAACACCCCUGUUCUUAGUGUUCUUGGUAAUAUACCUCAUGACCAUCGUGGGGAACCUUGGUCUGAUCACUCUCAUCUGGAAUGACCCUCGACUUCACAUCCCCAUGUACUUAUUUCUUAGUAACUUAGCCUUUGUGGAUACUUGGUUAUCAUCCACAGUGACACCAAAGAUGCUAUUUAAUCUUUUGGACAAGGGCAAGGUGAUUUCUGUUGCCGAAUGCAUGACACAAUUUUUUUCCUUUGCAAUAAGUGUGACCACAGAAUGUUUUCUCUUGGCAGCAAUGGCUUAUGAUCGCUAUGCAGCUAUAUGCAAUCCUUUGCUUUAUCCAGUAGUUAUGACCAAUAGAUUAUGUAUUCGCUUACUGGCCUUGUCAUUUGUAGGUGGCUUUCUUCAUGCUGUGAUUCAUGAAAGCUUUUUAUCCAGAUUAACUUUUUGUAAUUCCAACAUACUAUAUCAUUUUUACUGUGAUGUUAUACCACUGUUAAAAAUUUCCUGUACUGAUCCUUCUUUAAAUUAUCUGAUCAUUUUCAUUUUCUCUGGUUCAAUACAAGUGUUUACCAUUAUGACUGUUCUGACAUCUUACACAUUUGUUCUCUUUACAAUUUUAAAAAAGAAGUCUGACAAGGGCAUAAGGAAAGCUUUCUCUACCUGUGGAGCCCACCUUUUGUCUGUAUCUUUAUACUAUGGGCCUCUUCUCUUCAUGUAUGUUCAUCCUGCAUCUUCAGAAGUAGAUGAUCAAGACAUGAUCCUCUCUCUGUUUUACACAGUUAUAAUCCCUGUAUUAAAUCCUAUUAUCUACAGCCUCAGAAACAAGCAAGUCAUAGAUUCUGCGAAAAAAAUGCUGAAAAUAUCGGUUUAG